AUGAUUAAACCACAGCAACUUAAGGCGCAAAGCACCCAGGUCCCUCAGACCAUUACAUACGCCAUAUAUGCAUAUAAUUCAAAGACGGCAGAACAAACGCAAAGGUUGAAAUAUGGAGAUUUGGAGAUAGUAUUGAAAAAUGACCAUUUCGAAUUCGUUUGCAAAGGUGGUGCAGUGAUAUCAAAUAUAAAAGAAAUUUUAUUUAUGAAUUCUAAAAUUAAAGGUAUAACGGAUGAUAUAACAUCAAUUCCACCAGAAGAACAGAGAUAUUACGCAUUAAAUGCAUUUCCUAAAGUUUUGAAGAUUGGAAGAUUUAAUUUAAAUGAGGAAUUCAUAGAAGGUUUCCUAAAUGACAUAAUGAAGAAAGCAGAUAAGGAAUAUGUGGAUAGUGAGUUAAAUAAGAAGGCAAAUUUGGUUUAUGUUGAUGAAAAAGAUAAUGAAAUUAAAGAAAAGGUUGAAUGGUAUCAUGAAUGGACAUUUGAGACUUUUAAAGUUAAAGCUGAUACAGGGUGGGUUUCAGGAUGUUUAGACCUUAAAGCAGAUAAAACAUAUGUUAACGAUGAGUUAGACCUUAAAGCAGAUAAAACAUAUGUUAACGAUGAGUUAGAGAAGAAGGCAGAUAAGAACCAUACACAUAACUUCUUCUCAACUGUUGCUAUAGAAAGUAUUGAAGGAACGGUUGACGGAACUGAUGGGGAUGCAUUAUAUUAUAAUCCUCCUAACUUUCCACAAGGUUUAACAUCGAAUGAAAACAUAACAACGAUGAAAAAAAUUAAAUGUAAAAAUGUUUAUGUCAUGGAUGAUGAAAAUAAAGUUAAAUUCACUGCUCAAGAUUUAUAUGAUAAGAAAGCAGACAAAACAGAGCUUCAAACAUUAAAGACUGAAAUUCUUCAAAUAUUAUAUCCUGUUGGUUCUAUUUAUACGUCAAUGAACUCAACAAAUCCUUCAGAAGUUUUAGGUUUUGGUACGUGGAAGCAGAUUGUAGAUAAAUUCUUAUACUGUGCUAGAUAUUCAAAGCAAACAGGAGGUUCGAAGAAAAUUAAAGAAGCAAACCUUCCACCGCACACUCAUACAGGAACUACAAACACAACAGGUAAUCAUUCACAUUCAAUAACAAAAAGAGGUUAUAUAAAUCUUGCAGCGGGUUCGGAUAGAUGGGGAAUGAAUAGAUAUGAUAUCACAACUGACCCAGUAGAUUCAAGCACAGGUAUUUUCUGUGGAACCGCAGGAAAUCAUUCACACACUUUCACAACAAAUCCAACAGGCUCGGGUAAAGAUUACAUGCCACCAUUUGUGACUGUAUUCGCAUGGUUCAGAGCUGCUUAA